AUGAACCCUGGACAGCACCAGGAUGCCGAGAAGGCAAUAUUUGAGGGCCGUAGCAUGUAUCGGGGGCUCUGCAACGCUGCAUCUCUGGCUUCACAGAUGAAAGUUCGGAACCAAGGCAAGGGAAAAGGGAAAGGAAAGGGGCACGCAUCUCUAACGCCAUCAGUUACUCCACCAAUUCGAAUUAUGAUGGAUUUAAAGACAGCAUCAGGAUCCCUCGACGAUUAUAUAAAAUGGCGCAGCCGGCCGAACGUCCACCAAGGAGCCCAUAUCAACGAUACAAUUGGGAGGUAUGGAAAUAGUUUCAGCUGCAAUGUUCUCCAUUGCGAGGACAAGCAUAAACUUUUUAAGAAGUGGGCGGAGUCACUAAAUGGACGCUCAGUUGAGCGUUCUUUGAUGAUGCGCGAGUCAGUCAACACGACCAUUCGGCUCCUGCUCCAAGGAGCAUUCAAGUAUUCUAAGCCAGAGAUUUCAAGUCAGUUGAAAUCUCUCUACGAGAAAUGCCCAAGUCUUAUGGGCCAGAUUAUGCCAUCUCCAGAGCAACCUGAUAAUGUCGAAGAGAUAACCCCAGGCAUAUUGGAAGAUGCAGCACAUAUCCGGCCAAGGGCAAUGAGAUGUGCUUCACGGGCCUUCAUUCAAAAUGACCUCGAUCUCCCAUUAUCUAUGAAGGGGAUCCAGCACAGCAUCCAUUUAUUUCGCCGCAUUACUUUUGAGACUAGGAACGCAUUCUUUGUUCGUGGUAGCACCAUGUGUCGUUUCGACAUGCGCCUUGUUCAUGAGCGGGUACUAGGUGAGAAGCGGCUGUUUGUCCUUGUCACCGAGCUUGAAGAUUGCGGAGAGGAGGAUGAGCUGGUCAUGUUGCCGUUGGUAAGAAUCAAAAACUCGACACAGAUGAUUGUUGGUCUCCCAGGUAUUGGCACCAAGCCGGUUUAUAACGUUGACACAGAUCCCACAAGAAGGAAUGAACCGGCGCCAUUUGGGAAGGGCGGCUUGAGAUUGAACACCAUGAAAUACCACGCUGAGCAGUUAUCUUUGGCUGCUUCAAAGUAG